AUGACAGCGCCCAAGUCCUUCACCCUGAGCUUUCUCGGCGACGUCAUGCUCGGCCGUCUCCUCGACCAACUUUUCCCACAGCACGUCACAAACGACCGCGAUCAGCCAAUCGCCGACACCUUCAUCAAGUCGUACCCAUCCAUCCUCGCAAACGGAAAUUACACACCCUCUUCGCCAUGGGGCUCAGCCAUCUCUCUCCUCCGAGCCUCAGACCUAUGCCUCAUCAACCUCGAGACAUCGGUGACAACGACAUCAGUGCCCUGGCCCGACAAGGUGUUCAACUACCGCAUGCAUCCUGCUAAUCUCGCGCCGAUCUUGCAUGCCGCACAUGUGGAUUACGCCAGCCUUGCUAAUAACCACACGCUGGACUUUGGAACGGACGGGCUUGUUGAAACGGUCUGGAGCCUACGCGAGGCAGGCGUUGCGUUUGCAGGCGCAGGCGAGACUACAGAUCAAGCAUAUAAACCUGCCGUGUUAUGGCUACCGAGACAAGUGCAACAGAUCCGAUCGAAACGUGUGGAUGGGGAGAAGAAAAUUCCAUCACAGGAAGCGAAAAGUGCCGCAGAUGAAGAAGGUUAUCCAGUGCAUGUAUACUCGGCGGCAGAUCACCCGAGAGAUUGGAGUGUGGUCCCGACGUUCCAUCUGAUUGAUUACUCGCCGGUUACACGGGCGCGUCUGAGAACGCUGCUCUUGUCUGGUGGAAUGAGUAACCAUCCUGGCGAGAGGGAAACGUCCUCUGAUCCCGAAUAUGAGGACGAGAGCGAUAUAUACCAUCACCGGGAGCACCAUCAUCACCACUUUCCUAGCUCACCGAACCCCCCGCCAGCGCUGAAAAUCUUCUCUAUCCAUUGGGGGCCUAACUACAGAUGGCACCCGGCGGGGCAACUAAGAUCUCUAGCGCAUUUCCUGAUCGAUGAAUGUGAGGUAGAUAUUGUGCAUGGGCACUCGUCGCACCAUGUACAGGGUGUGGAAGUCUACCAUGGGAAGAUAAUAAUAUACGGAUGUGGUGAUUUCGUGGAUGACUAUGCGCUAAACGAGGAGUAUCGGAAUGAUCUUGGGGCCGUGUGGAGGGUUAUUGCGCGGGAAAAUGGCGAAAGUGGAACGGAUACUCGGAAUAUAACCGCGGGAAAGAAGCUUGUGCUUGAUCGGUUGGAAAUAUUUCCCACGCGAGUUGACAAAUUCAGGGCUAUGCUGCUUGAUAAGAGUGAUGUGGAUCACUCUUGGGUUAGCAGGAGGAUAAAGAAUCUUAGCUUGGAUUUGGGGACGUCUGUACGCGAAGUCUCUGGGGAGCAGGGCCAGCUUAUUAUUGAUUGUGAUCAGUAG